CACAGAGACAUGUCCGUAAACGUUCGUGGCAUCGAGCCGAGUCUUGUGUGGAAUACUCGAGAGGGCGCAAAUCACGAUAUAACGACCUCUUCCAUCCAAGCUUUGAUCAAGUUCACAGCACCCCACCAACACAGCGAAACAGCCAUCCCACGCACCUCUCGUAUACACUCGUAAUUGCAACAUCAACACUUGGAAAUCCAACAUCCAUGUCGGCACAGGCUCGAAAGGAGAACGAAGCCCUUGACUUGACCGGCAAGACCGCCGUCGUCGCCGGGGGGUCGCAGGGCAUUGGAGCUGGCGUUGCGGUUCGCUUCGCUCAAGCUGGCGCUAAUGUCAUUCUGGUUGGACGAAGCCGCGACCGACUCGAGAAGACCAUCUCAGACGCCCGCAGGGCCGCAAGGUCUGCAGAUCAAAAGCUUGAAUACAUCUCCGCAGACCUCAGCCUUGUCUCUGGUGUUCGGGCUGCUGCAGAGGAGAUCAAAUCGAAGAGCGAUGGUUCGGUCGACUUUCUUGUCCAAACCCAGGGAGGCACCCCCAACGGCAUCUUUGAACUCACGGCCGAGGGGAUCGAGUCGCACUUCGCAGUCCAGGUUCUGAGUCGAUUCCUUCUGAACUACUUGCUAGCAUCGUCCGGGGUUCUCAAGUCGAGUUCGGUGAAUAUAAUGGCACCAGGAGGUAGCCAAACCGAGUUCAACCUCGUCGACCUCGAGCUGGCCAGUUUUAAGGAGUCGAAUCGUUAUGUACAGCUGGGCAAGCAUAUCGGCCGUGACGGCGUAAUCACGGAUGCGUACACAAAAGCUCUGCAGUCGCGCUUCCCGCAAAUCAGCUUUUUUCACAUAUCGCCAGGCCUGGUACAGACAGACGUCAUGACGAACCAGAACGUCCCUUUCCCGCUCAAACAAAUUGCUACUUACAUCCUCUUCCCCAUCGCAUCCAGGACGUUUGGCUAUACCGUUCAGAGCUACGCCGACCUGCCGGUAUUCUUAGCUGCGAACCCAGCGGCGGAGAAAAUAAUCAAGAGCGAAGGUUUUUUCUUGACGGACAAGAACAAAAAGGUGUCUGUAAGUCCGUAUGCAUUGGACAAAAAGAAUCAGACGGCUGUCUUUGAGAAGCUCCUUUCAUAUCUACCGAAAUGAUAUGUUUCUGCUUUGUUAAAAUGAAAAGUUCUCCAAUUUCCACCAGGUAGCCAUGCAUAGUAAUUGAUGUAAUCGUAGUAUUUAAUCAAAGUGCCACCUUUAGGCUUUACCAA